CAUCGCUUCCGGUCCUGUUUGGCCCCGACAGCGCGCUAUCCAAGUGCUCUGCAGGUUACUAUAGAGACCGGCGAGCGCUGGGCCUGCGAACUCCAAAGAGGCGAGCAGCCGCGCCCCAGUGGACUCUUGGGACCCAAACGCCAUGUCUUUCCGCGACCUCCGCAAUUUCACAGAGAUGAUGAGAGCCUUGGGAUACCCACGACAUAUUUCUAUGGAGAAUUUCCGCUCACCCAACUUCGGGCUUGUCUCUGAAGUGCUUCUGUGGCUUGUGAAAAGAUAUGAGCCACAGACUGACAUCCCUUCUGACAUUGAGACGGAACAAGACCGAGUUUUCUUCAUUAAGGCAAUUGCCCAGUUCAUGGCCACAAAGGCACAUAUAAAACUCAAUACUAAGAAGCUUUAUCAAGCAGAUGGGUAUGCCGUGAAAGAACUGUUGAAGAUCACAUCUGUUCUUUAUAAUGCUAUGAAGACCAAAGGGAUGGAGGGCUCUAAAGUAGGAGAGGAAGAUAUCAGCAAAUUCAAGUUUGAUCUUGGCUCUAAGAUUGCAGACUUAAAAGCAGCCAGACAACUUGCUUCUGAAAUUACUGCCAAAGGAGCAUCUCUGUAUGACCUGCUGGGCAAAGAGGUUGAGCUGAGGGAAAUGAGAACAGAAGCCAUUGCUAGACCUCUAGAAAUAAACGAGACUGAAAAAGUGAUGAGAAUUGCAAUAAAAGAUAUUUUGGCACAGGUUCAGAAGACUAAAGACCUACUCAAUAAUGUGGCCUCUGAUGAAGCUAACUUGGAAGCCAAAAUUGAAAAGAGAAAAUUAGAACUGGAAAGAAAUCGGAAGCGACUACAGACCCUGCAGAGUGUCAGGCCAGCCUUUAUGGAUGAGUAUGAGAAGAUUGAGGAAGAAUUGCAAAAGCAGUAUGACAUUUAUCUAGAGAAAUUCCGGAACUUGGCUUACCUGGAGCAGCAACUUGAGGAUCAUCACAGGAUGGAGCAGGAGAGGUUUGAAGAAGCUGAAAAUACUCUCCGUCUAAUGCAGAAUAAGCUAAAGGAAGAGGAAAAGCGGCUGCUCAAGAGUGGAAGUAAUGAUGACUCAGACAUAGACAUCCAAGAGGACGAUGAAUCUGAUAGUGAGCUAGAGGAGAGACGGCUAUCUAAGCCUCGGACAGCCAUGGAGGUGCUCAUGCAAGGAAGGCCCAGCAAACGCAUCGUGGGCACAAUGCAAGGUGGAGACUCAGAUGAAGAUGAAGACUCAGAGGACAGUGAAAUUGACAUGGAAGAUGAUGAAGAAGAUGAUGACGAUUUGGAAGAUGAGAGCAUUGCUCUCUCACCAGCUAAGCCCAGUCGUAGGGUCCGGAAACCUGAACCCCUGGAUGAGAGUGACAAUGACUUCUGACCUUCUUGCCAAGGGACACAGGCAGAUUAAGAGCCUCAGAUUUCUAGGUAAACAGGGAAUCAGCAGACUGGAAAGGUAACAUGUAUUUUUUUUUUUUUUCACUACACCAUCUGGGCUUAACCAUUACUGAAACAAACCCCAAACCCCAACCAAGAUUUUCUUUUGUCUUAUUUCGUAACAUUUGGGAGAUACAUGUGUUCUAAGUAAUUCAAAUCCACAAGAAAAGAGAAAUAUAAACUGACACCAUGUAAGUCUUGACUGCUGUUAUUAUUAAAUUAAUUUUCCUUGAUGUUCAGCCCACA